AUGGGCGAAGAAAUCCAAACGGAAGACGGAACAGUGACUUUAAAACGUAAAAUUACGCUUUUUAAUGGCGUAGGAAUUAUUAUUGGAACGAUUAUAGGGUCUGGAAUUUUUAUAUCUCCCACCGGUGUUUACUCCUAUACUGGGUCGGUAGCGGCAUCACUCCUAAUAUGGCUGAUCUGUGGUCUAUUAUCAACAUUGGGUGCACUAUGUUACGCGGAGUUGGGGACUUCCAUAGCGAGAUCUGGCGGUGACUACGCCUAUAUUUACACGGCCUUCGGGCCUUUACCGGCCUUUCUUAGAAUGUGGAUUGCGCUACUUAUAAUUAGGCCCACGACGCAGGCGAUUGUUGCCCUGACCUUUGGGAAUUAUGUGGUGAAGCCUUUCUACCCUGAAUGUGAACCGCCGGAAAACGCGGUGAAGCUACUGGCGGCGGUGUGUUUGUGUAUACUGACAGCAAUUAAUUGUAUUAGUGUUCGUUGGACCAUGCGAAUCCAGGAUAUCUUCACCACAUCGAAGCUGUUGGCUCUUAUUGUUAUCAUCAUAUCUGGAUUUUGUUAUAUUGGCAUAGGGCACACAGAAAACUUUCAGAAUUCCUUCGAAGGGAAAUAUGGUGCUGGAGAUAUUGCUUUGGCGUUCUACUCCGGCCUCUUCGCUUUUGGCGGCUGGAAUUAUUUGAAUUUCGUCACUGAAGAGCUGCAGGAUCCGUAUAAAAAUCUACCUCGCGCAAUAUGGAUAGCUAUGCCAAUGGUGACUAUAAUCUAUGUGCUGGCGAACCUGGCCUACUUCGCUGUUGUCACCAAAAUGGAGAUGAUGUCUAAUCCUGCGGUUGCUGUGACAUUCGGCGACCGUCUGUUCGGUAGCUGGAGUUGGGUGAUUCCAAUAUUCGUGGCUUUAUCUACUUUUGGAGGAGUCAAUGGCGUUCUCUUUACAUCAGCGCGAUUAUUCGCAACGGGAGCACAAGAGGGGCACAUGCCGGCAUUCUUCUCGCUAUUCCAUAUUGAGAAACAGACUCCUAUACCAUCACUUAUAUUCACGUGUUUAUUUUCCUUGCUGAUGCUGACAACUAGCAACGUAUUCGCCCUCAUAAAUUACUAUUCGCAAACGUUAUGGCUAUCUGUUGGUGCAUCCGUUGUCGGAAUGCUCUGGCUUCGUCAUACAAAACCCGACCUGCCCCGACCGAUCAAGGUCAAUCUAGCCAUCCCUUUCGUUUUCCUCUUCGCGAUCGCCUGUCUCGUUCUAAUCCCAGUCGUAACUAACCCGAAAGAUACCGCUAUCGGUUUAGGGAUACUCUUCUCAGGAAUACCAGUUUAUUAUCUUUGCGUGAAAUGGAAAAAUAAACCUCGGUCCUACCAUACGUUAUCUGGUUGUGUUUUAAGGUUCCUACAGAAAUUAUGUUCUUGUAUUUAUGUAGACUCGUUAGAGAAAAUGUCGACUGAUAAAUAA